GGAGGGAGGGAGGGUGAGACGCGGACGACACGCAGAGAGACGCCGGGUCAACGCGCCAGGUAGCAACGCCUUGGGACAGCCGUCGACGUUUCCUUCGUCGCCGUCCUCGUCCUCGCCAUCGUCGUCGUCGUCGUCGGCGUCGUCGUCUCAGCGGCGGGGUGGUGCCGCGGUUCCUUCUCGCGGCGACUCCGGGGGAUGACGACCAUGGGGUCCUUCCACGCCGCAUCCGGGAGCCUCGUCCUCCUCGCGGCCACGGUCGUCCUGCUGCCCGCCACGCAUCGCGCUCCGUUUGCAUACGCCGCAACUGGCGGCGGCAGUAUGCUGGGCGACGUGAAUAUUUCUGCGAUACUAGAUUCCUUUUCCGUCAGUUACGAUAAAAGAGUAAGGCCGAACUACGGAGGUCCUCCCGUGGAAGUCGGCGUCACCAUGUAUGUCCUCAGCAUCAGCUCCGUGUCCGAGGUGUUGAUGGACUUCACGUUGGAUUUUUACUUCCGACAAUUCUGGACGGAUCCACGACUCGCGUUCAAGCAAAGAACGGGCGUCGAGACGCUCAGCGUCGGCUCGGAAUUCAUCAAGAACAUUUGGGUACCCGACACCUUCUUUGUCAACGAGAAGCAGUCAUACUUUCACAUCGCUACCACCAGCAACGAGUUCAUUCGUAUUCACCACUCGGGAAGCAUAACGCGUAGCAUACGCUUAACGAUUACAGCGUCGUGUCCUAUGAACUUGCAAUAUUUCCCGAUGGACCGGCAAUUGUGCCAUAUCGAGAUCGAGAGCUUCGGAUACACGAUGAGGGACAUCCGCUACAAGUGGAACGAGGGCCCGAACAGCGUCGGGGUCAGCAACGAGGUCUCCCUGCCUCAAUUCAAGGUCCUUGGUCAUCGUCAACGUGCCAUGGAGAUUAGUCUUACCACCGGGAAUUACUCGCGGCUGGCCUGCGAGAUCCAGUUCGUACGGUCGAUGGGCUACUACCUGAUCCAGAUCUACAUACCCUCGGGGCUGAUUGUCAUAAUAUCGUGGGUGAGCUUUUGGCUAAACCGAAACGCGACCCCCGCUCGGGUGGCCCUCGGAGUAACCACUGUGCUCACUAUGACGACCCUAAUGUCCUCGACGAACGCGGCGCUACCAAAGAUCUCCUACGUCAAGUCCAUCGACGUCUAUCUGGGCACCUGCUUCGUCAUGGUCUUUGCCUCGUUGCUCGAAUACGCCACGGUGGGCUACAUGGCCAAGAGGAUUCAGAUGCGGAAGAAUCGCUUUCAAAAGAUAGCCGAGAGCAUGAAGGCCGCGAGUGAGAAUCCAGGACCGCCGCGCGUGCCCGGCGAUCACGGCGAUCACGCGCCUAAGCAAACUGAGGUGCGGUUCAAGGUGCACGACCCAAAGGCACACAGCAAAGGUGGGACACUUGAAAACACCAUAAACGGUCGCGCCGAUGAGGAAACGGCGGGCGCACCGCAACAUAUUAUUCAUCCUGGCAAGGACAUCACCAAGCUCUACGGUAUGAGUAGACCAUGCAUCACGCCGUCGGACAUCGACAAGUAUUCCCGCAUCGUGUUCCCAGUAUGCUUCGUCUGCUUCAAUCUGAUGUACUGGAUCAUUUAUCUCCACAUCAGCGACGUAGUUGCGGACGAUCUCGUGCUGCUCGAGGAGGCCAAGUAAACGACGACGUCGCGGCGCUUCGAAUCAAGAGAGGAGAAGAGAGGAGACGAAAAGUGCAGGGGCGGAAUCGAACAUUUUACACGUAAAAGAACGAGACGAGAGCCGGUUCGCGAGGGAAAAGCGAAAACGAUUCGAGGAAGAUGAAUCGAGGCGCGACUCGGAGGCGAGAGGAGUAAGAGCGAACGACAAGCGAAACGGCAGGAGAGCGCUUGUGUCCAUCUCGAGAGCGCUGCAACUACUUCUUCACGGAGGAAUAGCGGACGAAUACAGGCAGUCACGCGGUCGCGUUAGAUUCGGAGUAAGACCACUUGCUCGCGAUCACUGGAAAGUAUAAAAGCGAACGCUUUCGUAGGGUCCGCCGCGUCCUUUCGAAAGAGACGUGGCCUUGCCAAACGCGCGUUCCAACUAUCGCGCGACAUCGUGGCUACCGCGCUUUCUCCGGGCAGAUGCUCUCGUUCGUCAAUCAACGAUCGAGCUCGCGUAAGCCUCGGCUAACGUCGCUCUCCACGAGGUGUCUUCGUUAAAGACUCGAUAUACAUAUAUACAUAUAUAUAGACGUAUCGCGCGAUAUGUAGGGAUAUAUGUCGCGGCGCAAGCGAAACGGGCAAGCAGAAGCUCAAAUUUCGAAGGCGAAUCUACGAGCAUACAUACCAUAAAACAUUGCCAGGUAUCUCUAGGUAUUCCUAGUUCUUAAACGGAGAAAAUACCUUCGAUAUAAACACUUGUCAAUUUAGCCACCAUUACAUAGUAACGUUAACUAACGCUAAGGACAACACCGAGACUCGUCGGUUUGAAGCGACAGUUCAAUCGAGAGCGGCUCGAGGGGACGGAAAAAUAUAGGAUUAUCGACGUUCGUCGAGGUCGAGGAUGAAUCGUCGCUCUGUCAGCAGCGCUCGUACGCGGACGGAGGAAACGUAGCGGAAAUCGCGCGAUGGCAUGUGUGUGCGUGCAUGCGAGCGAGCGAGAGAGAGAGAGAGAGAGAGAGAGAGAGAGCACGAACGAAAGAGAGAGAGAGAGAGAGAGAAAACAGGAAAGAAUGAACACGAGCGUAAAUGUGUGCGUGAAAGCGCGCGCAGAACGAAGAAACGACGGACAGAAAAGUUCAUAUUCCGAAUGAAGAUAAACGAUGUACUAUUGGAGACUGGUGCGACUUAUUACUUAAGUAAGUACAGUAUAAGUAUAUGUAUAUUGACAUAUAUAUAUGCGCGCGUACGCGGCCGCGUUAGAUACGCGCGUGCAUGCAUAUUAGAUACAUGCGUGCACACGUGCGUACGCAGGACGCGUGCAGACGAUCGAUAAGCGAGAUCUAGCAAAAAAGAAAUAAAAUAAAAAACAAGACAGAGAGGUAAAACGAGAGAACUGAGCGACGAAUGGGACGCCCGCGACGAAAGCGGCUUCGAUUUUGCGAUGGCGGCUUCUUCUCAGCAUCCGUAUUUAUUUGGAUUAUGGCCAAGUUAAAGCCAAGUCUCUCCUUUCAUUUCGUAGAACUUUUUUACGAUUUUUAACGGCGCGACUUUUUGUAUUUUUCUCCGCAUGUACGACUUGCGCGCGUCGUCGCUACGUGAAAUCGCGUAACUCUCGUCACUCGUCCUCAGGGCCGUCUUUCCAUGUACGCGUGUACGUGCGUGUGCACGCGGCUCAAUCGGGAGUACUCUUAGCUCGUACUACGUAGUCGCGACUGUUUACAUAGGUAUGACGAUUAUAGAUCGGACGUAAAAACAUUCCAAUCGAGUCGAGAAAAUCAAGACAGUUAGCGAACCAAGGCAGAAUACAACUCUCUCUCUCUCGACUCUCGUUGCACGAAAUCUACUUUUACCUGAAAAGAAUUUCUGCAAAGAAAUAAUAAACAUAUAUAUAAAAUUAACGCGAAUAUAUAUACACGUUAUUUAUAAUCAAUUAAAAUUAAUGGACGUCUCAUUUGAUUAGAUUGAAAGACAAGGAAAUAAUGAGAAUAAAUUUUGUAUAAUCGCGAUUAUCUUGUGUGUGUUACUUUAGAAUUCUUCAAAUAUUUCUAUCGAGUUUUAUAUUUGAAUUAUGUGUCUUUAUCGCUUACGAUAGUAAAACAUAGUCAUUGAAUUCUAUCGAUUUAAAUCGCAACUAAUUCUGUCAACUUUUCCUCUAUGACAUUCACAGAAAACGAAAACCGCGAGACACAAUUUCGCUUUUAUCUACAUAAAUUGCUUUUAACUCCGAGCGUAUAACGAUCUUCUUGUCCAAAAGUAUUUUAUUAUGCAAGCAAAUAUUCUUAUUAAUUUUAAUUAAUAUUGAUUGCAUGAUAUUUUACUUUUUUUCUUCCAUGCUCGCGCUUUCUGAAAUCCCACUUAUUUAUAGUUCAUGGGUCACUUGCAAGAAGCUUCCAAAAACAUAUACUCUUAAAGCUUUUCUCUUUUACCUGAUAUACAGAUUAUCCUGAUAAUCUAGUAUUUUCGUUUAAAUUUAAUCAAUUUUUUCUUAAUGACAAUGGCUAGAGUGGAUGCCAUUUUUUUAAUUUAA